UAAGGCCGACGCAGACAUUUUAAAAUAAACAUUUAGCUAACGGCUAAAUGCUACACCACCAGAGCGCUCACGAAGGGGCGAGCGCGCGGUGCCACAAAAUACAUUCAUACCCAAGGUUUGUCAGGUUUUUACGGAUUGAUGAACGGCGCUUUGCGGGGAAUAAACGCACGAAGAUGUUGAGGAGUCUGGCGCCGGGGAAAGGAGCUCGUUAACACCGUGGUGAGUGCCUGUCAAGGCACCUUGCUCCACAUUUGUUGGAACGAGCAUGAAGAUGGCUGAUUCGGAGAAGGCAGAGGAAUUUGUUGAUGCAGAGUGUCCCUCCGAGCGCUUUGACGAAGCACAAUCAGCCACCACGUCUGUCCAAGAUGAACAUCUAAAAACUGAGACCACCACAAGUACCAGCUCCCCAGCAAGGGAAAAGGAGGAUGACAGCCCCUUGUACACGGAGGGUGAGCAGAGUCUUCUCUCCUUGCCUUGUUUGAUGAAGGAGCUCCGCAGAGACUCGCCCGAGUCGCAGCAGGCCUCCACGGGGAGCGAGAAACCAGCCUCUCGUCACAUCUAUGAAAGCGACUCCUCCAACCCGUGCAUGCUCUCCCCCUCAUCGAGCGGCCACUUGGCAGACUCGGACACACUCUCCUCAUGUGCUGAAGGUGCCGGAGAGGAGACUGAAACUAAAAUGGAAGCGGACCCCGCCAAGGAAGUAGAUCGGCAAACCAGUGGGAGGAAAUCUCGACGAUCGCGUUCGGAGAGCGAGGCGCCGCCCAAUGCAAUGGCGGCAAAAAAGAACCGCUGUCAGCCCGCGGGAGCGAGUGGGCCCGAGAAGCAGAUCAAUGGCAAGCAAGCCAAGGUGAAAGGCCACCGCAGCCAGAAACACAAGGAGCGGAUGCGCCUGCUGCGUCAGAAGCGUGAGGCGGCGGCACGGAAGAAGUACAACCUGCUGCAGGACAGCAGUACCAGCGACAGCGAGCUCACGUGCGACUCCAGCACCAGCUCCUCCUCUGACGACGACGACGACACUUCCGGAGGCAGCAAGACAAUCAAGACCGAUAUUCCAGACGGGCCUCCAGUAGUGGGUCACUAUGAUAUUUCAGACACUGAUUCUAACCAGGAGAGUAUGAAAGUGGAGAAAGUCCGGCCCAGCGUGAUAAAGCGCGAGCUAGAAACACUCAGAGGCCAGGAUAUGGCACUUCGCUCCGGGUGUAUAAGAGCUCUGAGCUCCGUGGCAGGCCACGCUGCGGUGGAGACGUCGCACAAGGAUGGCCGUCAACACAAGGUCCAGAUCAGCAUCGGGUCCUCGGACAGCGAGGUAGAGAUUGUGGGCGUGCAGGAGAACGCUCGAUGCGCCCACCCUUGCGGCGGUGUGAUCAAGAGCUUAUCGUCGUGGAAGGAUGACCACUCGGCGGAGCGAUCGGCCUCUGCCAACACGACGACGACGACACAACCCCCGCCACAACGGUGGACAUGCGUCUCACCUCAGUCCAGUUGGGUAUCCCCGCCGGAGGUGGUAGACCUCACGCUGGACGAGGAGAGCAGCGGACACAAACACAUACCGUAAAAAAAAAAAAACCCUUCACACUGAAAACACCCUUACUCUUCCUCGUGGUCACGUUUGCCUUCGCGGAGUUUGUUUUUACCAGAUUUUGAACAAUCGUAUAAGAAAGCCAUUCUGUUGACAAUUUUUUUUGGUUUGUUUUGGUAGAUGUGGUUACACAGCACAGCACUUGAGUUGCAGGACUAAAGGUGAAUCACCUUUUAAUUAAAGCAAUACCCUCCCUCAAACUGAUGACUGUGAGUGUGUGUGCCGUACAGUGAAAAACCAUAACUUUGCUGCUUGGAGAGCGAGGCCACGUCGUGGAACCUGGCUAGCUCCAUUACUAAAGAUAAAAAAUAUCUCUUUGUUAUUCAUUCUUUCCAUUUUCAGUUUGCCGUCCGAAAAGGAAAAUGUGACUGAUUUAUUUCUUCUUUUUUUUAUCUAAACACCAAAUCCAACAAUAUGCCCAGGUUUUCAGAUUUCAAUUUUAUGCUCAGACCCCAAAAAACAAAAAAAUGAACAUAGAGAAUUUUAUUUUUUAUCAUUUUGGGGGGGUUUCAUGACCCAGAAAUUUGGUAAGAAGCAUUUGUAAAAAUACUUGCUCGUGUUAGCUAAUGCUAACAGUCCGCAUCAGUACAGUAUCCACCAUGUUAACCACUUUUGCUUUUUGGACAAGUACUGAAUGAACUCCCUCUCUUCUGCCUUCCUAUCGCUCUUCUUUAAAUGCACCUUAACACGCAUUAGACACUUUAAAUGGUCAAAUGUUUUGUACCCCUGUUUUAUUUAAGCAGUUACUGACUGGCUUAUAAGAUGUCAGCUAAUGCUAGGCUUAGCAUAACUUCAGACGAUAUUGCUUAGACUGCGGCUAACUUAGCACAACAUUGAACAGCAUUUACUAUUUUAUGAGAAAUUGAGACUCUAUUGACAUGUAUUCAUCAAAACUGUGGCCAAUGUUGAUUUUUAAAAGAGCUGAAACCAGCUGAUUCAUUAAAUAAGUUUGGCCGUAAUUCUUUCAUUGGGGCUUGUCUCUCUGAUUGCAUUAUUUUCAAAUCAUGUCCACACAGGACACCAUAAUGCGAGCUUGUAGACUUUUGUGAAAAUCACUUCAACACCACCUUAUUUUUAAAAUAUUAUUCUUUUAACCAUUGUGCAGUGAUAUGCGAGUAACUGUGUGGAUAUACUGUAGUUUGGUUACCGGUAUUCAUUUUUUGGUUGCAAAUUGAAAAUGGAAAGAAUGAAUGAUACGCGGAUUACAGUGUAGGUUUUUUUUUCAGUUUAUUUUUUUUUCUAAAUGCCAAUCUACCCUCUGUCAUCCAUUGGUCAUGUCUGGUUAAAUGAAUGGAUGAAUAGAUGAAAGUCUCACCACUGGGUUUUUAUUUGACUUCAGGCUUCUGCAGGUGGUUCUCACGUUGGUGCUGCUGCUGCUGCUCUGCUUCAGAUGCAAGCGUAACAUGUUACAAAAAUCGGACACGUCACAUCCCAUGUGCGAAUGUCCCAGUCUGGCUUUUUUUUUUAAACUCUUUUACUCAUCUGAAUGAAUGGAGGGUGUGGGGCUGUAAGAAAAUAUAUCUUCCAUGUCCUCCUGAAUGCCUUGAAAUGUACACAGUUUUCCUUUAAAAAAAAUAUUUUUACCCAGCAAAACAGUUGACUUUUUCCAAACCAGACAAUAACUCUUUUAAUAGUAAAUGCGAGUGUAGCCACAUGUGCAAUAUGUCACGUGUGAUCUGUCAUCUCGACACACUGCUGUUAUUAUUAUUUUUAUACCAGUGACAAUUAAUCAUCCAACUUUUGCGUUUCCGGUUUCCGAAAGGUUUUGUGAGUAUAGUAAAAUGAUGAUGUUGCACCUCUGCUGGUCAUUGAAAGGGAAAAAAAAUCCUACACAAAGAUUUUUAAACCAAAGUAAAUCAUUUGUGUUCAUAGCAUUCAUUGGGAUUUUCUCCAAAAUAGAUGAAAAUAAUUUUUCAUCAUUGGCCAGCUGUAUGAGCUGAUUCUAUAUAUUUUUUAAAAUUCAAAAUGCUAUGCAUUUGUUUCCCCGAUAUCACAGAAAUAGCAGUUCUUUUAACAUAACAUCUUUCCCUCUUGCAUCCUGUUAUCCUGUUUUUAUUUUUUUUUUAGUUUUAGCUGAAAUACAAAGUGGAGGGCAUUGUUCACUUGUAGGGCGGGGAAAGUGCAUUCACUCAUGUCAUACUUCGUCUCAGCUUUUCCUUCCUGUUGUGUUUUUAAUGUCAGUAUUUUAAAUUAACAAAAAAAAAUGUUUAUACAUGUUGCUUCUGCCACAUCUUCCUUUAACUUAUGUCUGUAGAACAAAAAAUGAGGCUAUUUAAAAUAAAAAAAAACAAUAAAUAGAAUGUUAUUUAAUGACAA